CCUGGCAUGACCUUUUCCCUUGGCAACCACUUCCUCCGAGCAUCCAAAACGGCCAUCUUUAUUUUUUAAGUCAUUCAUGAAAAAGUUGUCUCGCUCAUGUAAACACACCGAGCGAAGCGACACGUUUUUUUGCGCUCCAGACGCAACAGCAUCGACGGCGCUCUGCUGCUGCAUGUUGUUGUAGUUUCCUCCAGAGACGCGCUCCAGACUGAGCCGAGCAGCACCGCAGAGCAGCAGGCUGGUCCGCAGAGAAUAAGUAAACACCGAAAGCGAUGAGAAAGAAGCAGACUGCCAAACAGAGGAAGACUGAGGAGACUCCAUUUGUGCAGGAGUUUGUUGUAGAGAAAAUAAUUCGCCGCAGAGUCUUUGACGGAAGAGUGGAGUACUUCCUGAAGUGGAAAGGUUUCACUGAUGCAGAAAACACCUGGGAACCUGAGGACAAUCUGGACUGCCCUGAACUCAUUGAGGAGUUCCUGAGAAACACCCAUUUCUAUGAGGGGAAUGAGGAAGAGCUGAUGGACCAACACUUCAUUCCGAAAGAAGAAAUGACAGAGCAGGAGACGGAAAUUUCAUGCAUGCAGCAGGCACAAACUGUGCAGAGCAACAGCGAGCCGAGUGACGAGCAGUCAGACACCCCCACUAACCUCAGCACUUACCUCGAGCCUGAAUGCAUCAUCGGCUCCACAGACAGACAGGGAGAGCUCAUGUUCCUCGUCAAAUGGAAGAACUCCGACGACGUGGCCCUGCUGCCGGCCCGCGAAGCCAGCGCCAGGUGUCCCCAGGUGGUCAUCGACUUCUACGAGCAGAAGCUGACCUGGCACUGCGGAGACGAGGAGCAGUGAAGUGUGUGCGCGUGGGUUGUGUACAUACAGAGGCGGACUGAUAAAAACAGCUGUGCUCUCACCUGAAGCUUAGUUUAACCUCCAUCGAGUGUCCUCCUUCAGCUCUGACAUUAGAGGCACACUGUGUGAAAUUACGCCGCAGGUAGAGUUUCAGAUUCUGGCAGGUGUGAGAUCCUCAGCGGGGAGGGAUUCUUUAGUGUUCUUUCAGUCCCAGCGGUGCUUAACGAGGUCUCCGUGCCUUUGUGGAGACUGCGAUGGAGACUAAAACUAACCUUUUGUGUAGAGCGGCUGAUUUGAGGUCAGACUUAACUUGUAGCAGCUUUGGUCUUGCGUAAGCAGACACAAUCACUGUGGACAUGUGAUUUGUUUUUGUUGUAGUAAUCUAGUAUUUCUAGUCUUGUUUAGCUACAUCUUGGUUGUUUAGUGUAUCUUUUAUAGCAGCAUUAUGUAGGCAGAGUGAACUAACUGCUGUCCAAUCCGUACCUCCAGUCCAUGUGGCUUUUUAGUUAGAGCUGAAGAUUGUAGACCUGUUGUUCAAACGUUUGUUGUUUCACUUGUAUUGUGUGAGGUGUCUAUAGCCACAACUCUUACUGUGUGUCUCUGUAUGACUCAUGUUUUAUGUCAAGUAUUUAAAAAAAAGUCGGCCACCAGAAAUUUCCCAAUCAGCUGGUAAGUACCAAUAUUCCCGUCUCUUCUGAAUUGAAUAAUAACAAGAAUAUUAUUGAGAGUUUUUUUUUGGUGCGUACACAAAGUCCUGGCAGAAUGAAUCAAAAGGUCAUAAUAUUUCUAAAGUAAAUCUAUUGAGAUUAACACAAUAGUAUUUGUGCACCUGUGAUGUCUAAUACGAUUGUUAAAUGUAGCACUUUAGAUACGAGACUGUCCAAUAUUGCAGGGCAUUGUCUUCCAGUAUUUGUACAGGUCUGUGUACAUGACACCUGUAUCCUGAAGGCACCGUCCUGACUCGACAUAUCUCCCAAGACUGUUAAUGGGACACUCAGCUGAACCUUAAACCUCCUAAAACAAACCUGCUACUGAAUUACUGUAACUGUUGACCAUGGAUCUGUGAAGUCUCUGUGAAUAAAGGAAACCUUUUUGUGAA